AUGAGCAAUAUCUGGCACCUUGCACGCAUCGAGGAGCAAAGGUUCGCGGCCACAGCAGCACUGUUUGCUAUGUACACAAAACAGCAAUCUAUUUGCCAGCCUACCCCUGUGCUUCCUGGAGACGACGAUGAUAGUUCAAGUGAAGAGGAUAUCGACGAUGACUGGCAAACGACGGUGGCUUGCGAAAAGCUUCACCGAGCCACUGGGAAUGCUCUCAAAGACAAAUUCCUCGAUCGACUGUCAGAAGUGCUUGCGCGCGAAAAGACCUCCAACUUACACCCUAAACAAUCCACUGUAAAGCACGUAGCUGCUGCAGCUUGGAUCAAUCCCAGCUGUGACUAUCCAACAACGAUUCUUGUGGCUAAGAACGAUGGCCUUGAUGAGCGCGAUCGCAAACUGUUAGGGCAAUUACAGACUUGGCUUCGCGUGAUAUCGAUGACGGGUAGAACUCCUUCAAAAGAGAAAGACUUUCUUUGGGAUAGUCGAGCAGACAAAGAAGGACUUAUCGGGUACGCCCGUUUCAGGCUGGAGCUCUAUGUUUCUCAAAUCAGUCAAUGCAAAGUCGAUGUCUCGGGACUAGAUAUUGACGACCCAUCGACUGGGCAGAUUCAACGCCUCUUCCAGCUCUGUGGAACAUAUAGCAACAGUCCAAGCAUCCUUUCCCUUAGGGAAGCAGUGGACUUGGCCUAUGGGCUGCGGUGCGCUGACUCACAUCAACUCAAGGAACCGUCCUUCGCCAAAAUCUCCAAGGCGGUCUUAAUGCUCAGCCGGCUCCGUGUUGCGUAUGAGUGCUUCAAGACGACUGCGCUCAGUUUUUCCGAGUUUAGAUCUCUUGAGUGGAAGUCGGUGGAGUCUCCCCACAAAGUCGGCAUUGAAGCAAGCAGGUUCUGCAAGCAGGUGCGAAGCUUAGCCAAGAAAGUUCACCGUAAGCAGCUCGCGAAAGGUAGCCAUGCUCAACGCUACUAUAAUGCAUCGUGGUUGCAUGUUCAUGCGGAGAUGCAAAUCCUUGUAGAUCUGGAAUCUGAGUUAAAGUGGCAACAAAGAGUCCAUGGUUACAUCGGAACCAGCAAGAAACCAUGCUUCUUAUGUAAUGAACUUCUUAGAAAUUACGUCAGACUUUCCGUGGACGGCAUACGUACCCCAGCUUUUCGUGCUCGGACGUCUCACGGAAAGGUGUACCCGCUGUGGACACUACCAUCUAUCCCGGCUUCUGCACCACCAGGCAUCGGUAUAUCUAUAGCUGCAGCACUAAUACAAACCCACAGCUACAUCCUUCAAGUUCUCUCUGCUGGUUCAGUAGUAAUCCAACCAGCUAUAGCAGAGUCUUCUGUUGGUAUGUCUGAGGGAGGCGCAUUACCUGGUGCAAUUCCAUCCAAGCUGAAGCUUGAGUAUCUCGCCCAUGAACGAAACAAGACCGCAUGCACGCCAGCAGAAGAACUAGAUGAAGAUGGCGACACCUUUGGUCCGAAACUGAAGACGGUUCAGGUACUUCGGAUACCGGCUGACGGAAGCGAGCCCAGACUGGUACCUAUUGCCUAUCAUGCCCAGCCCCCAGAGUCCAAACGCUGGAUUCCAGAGCUCGGCCUCCACAUUGUGCCUGACUUUCGUGAGUACUGGGCGGCCUACCACGUUGACCGUAAACUCAGAUGCUUCAAUGUUCACAAUCAACCCACCAAAAUGAUCGAAGGGCACUAUUGGAUUUAUCGGAACGAGAACAUUGAUCUUCCAGAGAAUUAUUACAUCAAGCGAAUGCUUGGCCUUGAUCGCAUUGACUUUUCAAGACGCUUUUACUACGGCGACGUUUUCAUUGUGAAAUACACUGAGCAUCCAAUAACCCUCGCAUGUGAAGUUAACAACAUACCAAAAGCAUUGCUCCCGCAGUUAAUCGCGCUGCUGAAGACUGUGUUCCAGAGCGAAUGGGAGAAGGCAUAUCUCGAAUCACAGCUCCGAAGCGAUCAGUACAUGCAAGCAGAGAUGCUCAAGGUGAAGACGGAUAAGGAGAUUCUCUACCAAAGGAUGACUCCAGUUGAGCGUGAAGUACUAGAUCGUAUGCCACCAAUUACCUUGGAGAUACUAGCGAUUCAGUUGUGCGAUGAUGAUGGGUUGAUUCAUUCAAGUGUAAGUCCUUCUGACGACCCGGAUAUCAUGGCAAUCAGGGAGGUGAGAAGGCCGAGGGCAUUAGACUUGAUGGGCUGGAAUGGGUUCCAGAGUUCACAGCUGUAA